GGGGCUCGGCGGGGAAGGGGCCGGGGCGCGGCGGGCGCCCCAUUGGCUCUCCCCGGCGGCACAUGUCGCCGGCUCCGGCUAUAAAGGUUGGCUGCGGCCCCGCUGCAGCCCGUUCUCCUACCUCUGCGCUUCCCUAGGGACACUGCCAGCCCCAGCGCCGCCGCCGCCGCCGCCGCCAUGGCCAUCGAUGCGUUUUUAGGCAAAUGGUGCCUCAUCUCCAGCGAGGGCUUCGAGGAGUAUAUGAAGGAACUGGGUGUGGGUAUGGCCAUGAGGAAAAUGGGGAGCAUGGCCAAACCAGAUGUUUACAUUAUUAAGGAUGGAGACACAAUCACUGUCAAAACAGAAAGCACCUUCAAAACUUCACAGUUCAGCUUCAAGCUUGGUGAGAAAUUUGAGGAAAACACAUUAGAUGGCAGGAAAACUCAGACGCUUGUCAGCUUAAAAGAUGAUGGCUCAUUGAUUCAGGAGCAGGAAUGGGAUGGCAAGAAGACCAUAAUAACACGGAAACUAGUGGAUGGACAGCUGGUGGUGGAAUGUGACAUGAAUGGUGUCAAGUGUGUUAGAGUCUACCAGAAAGCGUGAGGACACCACUGUGUUCAGUAGGACCUUGCUGCAAAGAACUCAGUUCAGUGGACAGAGCUCCUCUACACUCCAUGUUUUCCUUUUCCCUGUUUUCUAGUAUUUCAAUGGACUGAGUAGCUGAGUGCAAUCCUUUUUAAAAGCCGUGAUGUAACUAUUAUGUAACUAUUCUGAACUUACAAGGCUAUUAAAUAAAAUGUCAAAUGUAUGAAGUGGAAAUGUUGUUACUGCAGUGGAAUUGCAAAGUGAGGUUUUAGAGAAACUCGGUUUGGUUUUAGGCUCUGCGGCAAACUGCCUUCAGAUCAACGUAAUGCCAUGCAUGGCAAUAAACAGCUGAUUCAGUGAGCUGGAUUUUAACCAGCAUCCUUAACUGCUGAGGUAGGAAGACCUGAAGGAGAAAAAGUAUUCAGAGUUCAGGCUCUAGAGUGGUCUCUAUGUCACAUCUUACAAAGUAAAUAGAAUGGGGUGAGUAAGAGAGCAGCUUUGGUGGUGUUUAAGUAGAGGAAUGUAUUUCCAGAGGUUAGCUUGGGUUUUCUUAUUUCAAACCCACAAAUUCCUUACCUGAAAAAAAAA